AUGGCAAUCGAGUUCAAAAGGCCAUGGUUAGGGAUCGCGAUUCCUAUAUUUCUAAUUGCAUUUAUAGGAUAUGGCGCUCAUUACUUCAUUCUGGCCAACUACAUGCACUUUAAUAGUCAAGUUUGGUUUGAGUGCAGCUUAUCGAUGAUUUGGUUAUCUUAUUUCCUGGCAAUCAAAACCGAACCGGGCGAACCACCACGAAACUUUCGUUCUCAAAAAUGGCAGUGGAAACAGUUUUGCAAUAAAUGCAACAACUUCAAGCCUGAACGGACUCAUCAUUGUAAGAAAUGUCAAAAAUGCGUACUAGUUAUGGACCACCAUUGCCCUUGGACCAUGAACUGCGUUGGCUACAGGAAUUAUCCACAUUUUCUCCGAUUUCUGUUUUGGAUCAUUGCUACAACAGCAUUCCUUGGCUUUCAAUUAGCGGAGAGGAUCGGAUAUCUUUGGAGAAAUAGAAAUGAUCGACUUUUUAUUGGGAAAACAGAGAUUGCAUCUCUUGUCAUACUGACGCCGUUAAAUGGCUUUGUCCUCUUAACAAUAAGCAUUCUUUUCCUCAGGUGUGUAAAGAACCAGAUCUUCAAAGGAAUGACCCAAAUUGAGUCUUGGGAGAUGGAUAGAAUUGAAAACCUUUUCGAGAAUAGACGUUUAAUUCCACAACUAGUGGAAAACUUGAAGGAGUUACAUUCUGACGCAAACUUGAAUGACACUGAUUGCCGCCGUUUACUAUCGAGUAAACGAGUUAGAUUUGAUGAUAUCGUCAAUUUUCCAUACGAUAUAAAUCCAUGGAUUAAUGCAAAAACUUAUCUCAAUAGUAUUAACUACUGGUUACUUCCCUGGGGAUGCCCGGAUGGACCCGGUACUAUUUUUCAGAAGAAUGAUAUAGCGCUAUAUGAACCCAACGCCCCGCUUGUGGAUAAACUACUUUCCUUACCAUGGCCUCCUGAUGGAGGGCGCCAGAGGUCUGAAAUAAUAGAAAACUCUUUGAACGAUGUUGAAAUUUCGACCCAGGGAGGAGAGCAUGUUAUCAGGAAGAGAUGGAUAGAUCCUCGCGUAACAAUGCCAAGAUCUGAAUGGUACAAUGACUGGGGAGAAAACCUUUCGGAUUUUGGUGUUGAUACUGAUGCAGAAACUGGCCAAACGUAG